AUGCUUCAUAUUAGCCGGUUCAAUCUAAGUCCAGCUGUGGCUACUAGUCGGCGGCUGGCAUCCGAUAAUCCCGGCGACUGGGUCGCUUCUUCCACGUCCCCCGCCCCCGCCGGAGACCUUUCCCUCGGAUUUAAUGCGGGCCCCAACAACAGCACCGUCGGAGGAAUGUGGCCCUCCGCCGCCAGGCACGUCAACUGCGGCCUCCCGCCGGAGUUCUUCUUCGUCGCGCCGGCCUCCUCCUUCCACCACCAGCACCAGACCCCGGCCGCCGGUUUCGACCCUCAGCCCCUGCCCGUCUCCAGCGCCAUGGUCGGCGUGAUCCCCCUCCUCACGGCGGCCGCCGCCGACGAGAGCGGCGCUCGUGGCUCGAUGCAGCUGUGGCAGAACCCGCCGGGGCUGAACCCUCCUCCCCCUUCGUCUGCUUACCUUGUCAAACCCGUGGCCCUCGAACACGCGACCCUCCUCCAGGCCGCCGCCGCCGGCGGAGACUCUAACACCGGACGGCCGUCUCCGUCCCUCGGCGGGCCGGCCACCUGCCAGGACUGCGGGAACCAGGCUAAGAAGGACUGUCCGCACCGGAGGUGCCGGACCUGCUGCAAGAGCAGGGGCUACGACUGCGCCACCCACGUGAAAAGCACGUGGGUUCCGGCAGCGCGCCGCCGCGAGAGGCAGCUGCUGGGCUGUUCCUCGCAGUCCACAUCCGGCACUAAGAAACCUAGACUCGGCGGCGCGUCCCAGACCACCUCCCACACAUCCACUUCCAAUACCACACCUCCAAGAAGCUUCGACACUACUUCUAGCCAUCAGCAAGGUGUAGAUGCGAGUUGUUUGAAGGGAUCAGCACUGCCGGGUCAGGUGCGGGCGCCGGCGCUUUUCAAGUGCGUGAGGGUAACGGCUGUGGACGACGGCGAAGAUGAGUAUGCGUAUCAGGCGAUCGUGAGAAUAGGCGGCCAUGUUUUCAAAGGUUUCCUUUACGAUCAAGGUGUUGACGGUGGAGAUGCCCUUCCAAAUCUAUCGGAAUUGCAUCUGGGCGGCGGGGGCACGUCAUCGCCGCCGGUGAACCCGGAGCCGUCCGAUCAGAUGUAUGGGGGCUCGGGUACUGGAGGGCAUCUAGGUGGUGGGUCAAGUUAUGGUAUUGGUAACCCUAUUAAUUAA